AUGGUCCGAGUCACGUCAGCUGUGGUAGCUCUGGGAGCUGUAUGCCUUGCGGCAUCAGAACAAGUGUUCGGUUUCAAAUCGGGCCCUUCGGCACCGCACAUCCCUCCGGGGCUCUCCCAUGGGUUUCCACCGGCCUACUCGUCGAAUAAAACCGACAAACCGACUCAAUAUUUCAUGGCAGGACCGCAGUUAACAGGAUACGCGGCAGCAUCCGCGGUGAAUAAAGUGCCUGUGAUUCCGAUCUCUGGGGACGGAAUACACUGUCCAAGCAAUACAGAGCCCAGUGCUAAGAGCUCCGAUGGCUACCAGUGCACGUACGGAAAUGCAGAGGGGACUAUCCACGUUCACUCCGGACUGUCCAAGUGCUGCUAUUCGCCUCAGGAAUCGGUGUUCUUGCUCUCUACGACGGGAGAGACGUAUCAUGCUGCGAAUUACUUCUUCGAUAGUAAAUUCUGCUGUGUUGACGAGGGCGAGGUGGACGCUUCGCUCACUGACGGCAUGUGCGUGUACGGGCAAUCGCGGCUGACGGUGCCGACUUCGUACGUGACCAAGUGCUGCUGGAAUAAGAAGACGGAUUCGUUUGGGGUACACUUGCGACAGUCCGUGCCGAACAUUCCGCACGUCGUCAUCAACAAGGGGACCAAGGUAGAUAUCUUUCCGGAUCUGAGUGCGGGAGCGACAGUCGUGGACGCGGACAUCUACCAGUCGUUUAUGGCCCUGAAGAUAAUGCUCUGGCUCGGCGGGGCGAUCAACGAGCAUAUUACGUUCACAAUACAGGUGUGGUACAGUCACAAGUGGGAGAUUGCUCGACGGUGGCAGUUUGGGACGUGGAUCCCGGGCGAGGUGUACGCUGAUUUCGAGACGCUGAUCAGGCCUGACCUCUCGAUCGACUACAAGGUGCACUACACGGGCAGUGGGAUAUUUGGGCGGCUGGAGGAGACGACCGGGCCGUUCCACAUCGAUACCCCUCCCGAACUUAAGCUGUUUCUGGGCAACCUGAAAAUGUGCUAGGAAUAUCUCGUUUGGCAUAAGAUAAGUUAUGAAGAAGACUGUCUCUGUCGGAUGAUUGGUCAUUGACGCAUGUUGUGUGGAGUGCUGGCCCUGUUGUCAAUAUCAAAUUAUCAAGCAUUGGACGGCAGUGAGGAAGUAAAUAGCUUGACAUAGUUAAUGCAGUUCCGUACUCCGUACAUGAGAUUAUUUCUACAAACAUCCAAUGGGACAAUGAAGCUGGAUGUCGGAUAACCGACCAACUCCGUGGCUGCUGGCUGUGACUGGUUUCUGUUUGGCAGAAAACCGGCUUUUAACGAGAGGUGAGUCCAAG